UAAUGAACAGUUCGUUGAGGCAUAGACCUGUCUUGGUAGUUGUAGUUUCCGUACUAACACUAUUUCCUUGUAGCUUUCAUGAGGUGGAUUCUGCUCAGCAGAGGGAAGUAGAUAUGAAAAUAGUGCCCAGGAUUGUGUGAAUUUAUGGAAAUAUGUCCAAGAAAAGGGGCAGAAAGCGUAGCAGCGGUGAGCUGAGUGAGAGUUCAGGUUCGUCUCUGUCAUCGACCCCGGACCCUAACAACCUGCUGAGCAUGCGGAUUGAGCACAUCUGGAGGGAGAAGGGCAACCUGACCAAGUGGAAAGGCACAGUGCUGGAGCGCCUCACCGUCAACACCUCCCUCUACAUGGUCAAAUACGACGGAUUCGACUGCGUCUAUGGCAUUGAGCUGUUCAAGGAUGAGCGAGUGUCCAACCUCCAGGUUUUAACAGAGAAAGUCGUAAACAACAAGAUCAAGGUGCCCCAUGAUGCGCCAGAGCUGGUGGGGAAGGCUGUGGAGCACCUGUUUGAGAAGGAGGACGGUGAGAAGAACGAGUGGCGGGGCAUGGUGCUGUCUCGCGCCCCCAUCAUGACCAACUGGUACUACAUCACAUAUGAGAAGGACCCUGUGCUCUACAUGUACCAGCUCUGGGACGACUAUAAGGACGGAGACCUCCGCAUCCUCCCUGAAGCAGAGAACAAACACCUACUGCCUGCAGACAGGAAGCCAGGCGAGGAGACCGAGAGCCUUGUGGGUAAGCAGGUGGAGUACGUCACGGACAAGGGCGUGAAAAGGACGGGGCUGGUUAUCUACCAGGUUCCAGCCAAACCCUCUGUCUACUACAUCAAAUACGACGAUGACUUCCACAUCCACGUCUACGACCUGGUCAAAACCACCUAGAAUACAACUCUACCCGGUCAAAGCCCCCUAGAAAGGACUAGGACCCCCUGCCUCCGACCCUCACACCUGUACACUCAUCUUAGGUUGAGGCCUAUUUCAACUCAGUCAAUUCAGGAAGAGAGUUGAAGUUCAGUAUUCACCAAAGUCGAAAUAUUGGGAAACUUAAUUCAUUAUUGGAAUGUCAAUCCAUUUCCUGAAUUGACUGGAUUGAAAUAGAACUCUCUGCAACCAUGACACUACCCUGCCAUUAUUGUGGACAUAUUCCCUGCCCUGUGUCUUGUCCAACGUCAGAAGUUUGCUAAAAGUGUGAACUCUGUGACUCAUAGUGACUAGUGUUUUGUAAACAGUGCAAAGCUUGCAUGUAUUUCCUUUGCUUUUAAGAAACAAGUGAUUAAGCAGUUAUGUUUGAUUUUGUUUGGCUAAGAAUUACUAAUUAUAAAUCGCUCUGGAUAAGAGCGUCUGCUAAAUGACUAAAAUAUAAAUGUAAGGAAGUAGAUAUUAUCAAUGAAAAUGACCUAUGUUGAUGUUCAAAUGUGUUGCUAGAAUAAGUGCAAUAAAAAAAUGAUUUAAUAGAAAUUAUAAACAACUGCCAAGAUUUGACUGCACAUGUCUCAGAAUAGCCAAACACCAGCUGAGGUCAAAUUAUUAGACCUACUAGUUUCAUGAGUACAGAGAAGUCAUGUUUAUUUGAGCCAGACAUUUAAAUACUAUUGGCUGUCACUGCAAGACAUUUUGGAUUAUAAUCUACCCUUAGUCAUGGUUGAAUAAUCAAAUAUUUCUGUCACGUUAGAACGCUGUGAACGUAACUGUACUUGCUUUUGUAAAUACCUGUAUUGUGAGGCAUUCUUGAAAAUACUGCAAAGAUGCUUUGGUAUGAUUUGCUGUUAAAUAAUGCAUGAUUUAGAGAUUGCAGCAAUUGUUGGUUCAUUAUUGUUUGUUUCAUUAUGGUGGGUAACCACCCCAGUUGGUAAAGCAGCACAAUAUAUACAAAAAGACAGAAGGACAAAUGGUUUCUUCAUCAUUUAAUCCUCCCCCCUCCAACAUUUUAAAUAAACAUUUAAAAUCAAAUCAAAGUUUAUUAGUACAGAGAUUAGCAGAUGUUAAAGCAGGUGCCGCGACAAAACAAAAUAAACAAGAAAUUAAGAAACGAGCAAUGUCAGAGUCCGGAAUAUUAAUACAGGGUGUGUAUAGACAAUAUCUACAAUAUACGGUGUAAGUAGUAAAAGGGUAUGUACAGUAGUAGUUGUAUAGGAUGAGCUAUGUCAAGAAUACAGUAUCCCACUACGCACAAAUGUCAAUUCAACGUCUUCCACAUUGGUUCAAUGUAAUUUCAUUGAAAUAAUGUAGAAACAACACCUAAAGUGGACAUUGCUCUUGGCUGCAUGGAGUCGCAUUAACAGUAAUCCCAUGCAGCCUUGUUUACAAGUUUGAACACUGGAAGAUGACAUUUAAUUUACACCUCGAUUAGGAUGAUAGAGCGUAAUUAUUUCUAUAUAGCUUAUAUUCUCGUUCUAAACUUCUAACGCAAGUGGGGCGGGUGUGGCUUCAUGACAAUGAUGGCAAGAGCAGCUGCUCACCUAUUUUACCCAAUGCAGUUCUACCUCCAACACCGCCAAAACAUCCGCUUUGCGGGUGUUUGCUAUCGCCAGUUAAUGCUUGAUCUGAUUGAAUCUAGGCCAGCUAGUGAUGACUGGUUAACAGUCUGAUGGCCUAGAGAUGGAAGCUGCUUUUCAGACUCUUGGGGCCAGCUUUGAUGUACCUGUACUGUCUCUGCCUGCCAGAUGGUCGCAGGGUGAACAGGCCAUUGCUUGAGUGGCUGAGGUCCUUGAUGAUCUUCUUUGCCUUCCUGUGAUACCCGGUGCUGAAGGUGUCCUGGAGGGUAGGCAUAGUGCCCCAGGUGAUGCGCUGGGCAAGACCGCACCACCCGCUGGAGAGCCCUGCGGUUGCGGGAGGUGCAGUUGCUGUACCAGGCGGUGAUACAGCCCGACAGAAUGGUGCUCAAUGGUGCAUCUGUAGAAGUUUGAGAUGGUCAAACACGACUCCAAGCCAAAUUUCUUCAGCCUCCUGUGGUUGAAGAGGUGCUGUUGCCCCUUCAUCACGGUAUCAGUGUAGCGGUACCAUUUCAGGUUUCUCUGGAGGAACUUUACACUCCGUGGAACUUGAAGCUUUUGACCCUCUCCACUGUGGCCCCGUGGAUGGAGGCGUACCUUCUCGGCUGUCUCCUGUAGUCCACAAAUAACUCCUUUGUUUUCUUGACAUUGAGGGAGAGGUUAUUUUCCUGGCACCACUUCGCCAGGGCUCUCACCUCCUCCUUGUAGGCUGUCUCGUCAUUGUUGGUAAUCAGGCCUACCACUGUGUCGUCAGCAAACUUGAUGAUAAAGUUGGAGACGUGCAUUGCCAUGCAGUCGUGUGAAUGGGGAGUACCUUCACCACCUGGAGUUGGCCCAUCAGGAAGUCUAGUUGCACAGAGAGGGGUUCAGACCCAGGGUCCUGAGCUUAGUGAUGAGCUUGGAGGGCACUAUGGUGUUGAAUGCUGAGCUGAAGUGCAAUGGCGAUUUCGUCUUCCAUGGAUCUGUUGUGGCGGUAUGCAAAUUGUAGUGGGUGUCGGGUAAGGUGGAGGUGAUAUGGUCCUUAAAUAGCCUCGCAAAGCACUUCAUGAGGCAGGGGUGAGGCUGUGGAUGUUUGUAUGUCAGCAUGUUGUAAUUUUUGUGUAUGUUUUGUGUUGUAUAAUAAAACUUUUUUUUUUACAAAAAAGAGCACUUCAUGAUGACAUUUAGAUCAGUAACCUUUGCUUUCUUGGGUACAGGAACAAUGGUGGACAUCUUGAAGCAAGUGCGGACAACAGAAAACCUUUUUUAAUAUGAUUCUAGCAGGUAAUUACUGAUUGUUAGAAAUAGUUCAAUUGAGCAAAACCUUUAAUAAACACAUUAAACCACA